GGUCCUGCCGCUUUCCGUCCGUGCGUUUCCGGUCCGAUCCGCGCAUGCGCAGAGUUCGGCGGUGACGGAACAGUAGGAGCGACGUCAGAUUGAAGAAUUCAAACCUGGCCGAUGUGAGGUGCACUGCUUACUCUGUUUGAUGGCAUCAUUAAUGCUCCUGAUUCCUGAUAGCUGGCAUUAGAAUUCAAUUUAAUAUUGGAAAAGUUGCAAUUGGGACGACAUAUUGCUGGUCUUUUGUGAGCAGCUUUCUUCAAGGAAAAAAUGGAAGAUCUUCAACUCGACCCUCCAGUUACUGAUACGAUAACAUUCAACAUUAAUGAGGAGGUUAACAAUGAGGAGCAUGUGAACACAAUGCUGCAAGAAUCUCAAACUCAGCAACAGCAAUUGCUGUUUGGAACAGAAAAUAUUGAUCUAGGUCCAGAUGCGUUCAUUUCUGAACCAACAAGCAAAAUAUCUGAUCCAUGUUCAGUGAAUCUCAUGGAUAAGCUUAAUGAUCAGAUGAUGGAGAGUGUAAUAAUAUCUGAUUCACCUAGUAAUAGUGAGGGUGAUGCAGGUGAUCUAGCAAUCCUGCAUGAUUGUGAAGAGGCUUUAGAGAUGGGAUGUGGUGAUGUUCAGACAAUGGAUUCGGAGAAUAAAGAUUAUAAAGAGUCUUCUGGUGAAGACAGUGAACUCACACCUUCUGUCGUACAUGAUGAUGAUCGGUCUCCAACACAAGAUGCCAAGUCUACCCCGCAAAAUCUGGAACUAGCAAUCGAGUCAGAAGAAGAGUAUCAAGCAACAGGUCAAAGCCAUGAAAAUGGAUCUGAAAGCCUAGUUGAUUCAGAAUUGCAGGAGAAGCAGACCCUAGUACCAGUUACUACCCAAUUGUCCAAGGAUGAGCAUCUGCCUGUGUGCACCAUUUUUAGCCAGGACAAUCAGUCUAAAUCCCAGGUUCGAGCUCCUUUGAAAGCAGAUGGUUAUGAAUCUCAGAUGGUGAAGUCUCCAAGCUUUGGGACAAUUAUUGAAACUCCCAGUAAACCAACAUUAUUUGGAGUACACCCUAGUCCAAGCCUCAGCAAAUUUUUUACAGAUGAUGCCAGUUCAAGUUCAUCGGCAGCAGAAUUUUUUGACUCUUUUACUUCGACUUCUUUCAUUUCUGUUAGUAAUCCGAACGCUAGUGCUUCAGUACCUGACAGACUGUCAUCGCUUUCUUCUUCGGGAAUAGCUGAUGAACACAAUGGUACAAGUCAAUCUUUUAUCAUAGGAAGUGAUGUCCCACCUUCUUCAGCCUCAUCUAUGGAAAUAUCUCUGUCACCUAAGCCUUUUACCCAGCUCCAAGCAGCAUUUGCAGGAAGUGAUGAUCCCUUUGCAACAGCAUUGAAUAUGAGUGAGAUAGACAGACGAUAUGAUGCUUGGCUUCCUUCGUCGGAGACUAGGAAGAUUCUCAUUUCUGUCGCUACCCAGCAGUACAGCACAGUAUUUAUCGACAAGGAGAAAUUAACCAUGCCAGGUCUGAAGUUUGACAAUGUGCAAGGUGAUGCAGUCAAAGAAGUAAUGCUGCGGUUUUUGGGAGAGCAGGCUGCAACAAAGAGACAAGCUUUGACUGCAAGUGCUGUGGAGCAAUCUUUUGUCGGACUCAAGCAAUUAAUAAAUACAAAAAACUGGAGAGCUGCAGUUGAUCUUUGUGGAAGAUUACUCACAGCACAUGGUCAAGGCUAUGGCAAAAGUGGUCAGCCAACUAACCACACUACAGAUUCUGUGCAGUUAUGGUUUGUGAGACUAGCCUUGCUGAUGAAGCUAAGCUUGUUCCAAAAUGCUGAGACGGAAUUUGAGUCAUUUGGGGAUCUCGACCAGCCAGACUUGUACUAUGAGUACUAUCCGCAUGUAUACCCAGGACGCAGAGGUUACAUUUUAUUACAUUCAAAGUUAAUGUCGUGUGUUGGUUUAUUCCAGUGGUGUAAUAGCUCUGAAGCAAGUGAGGCGGCAGGUAGAAAGGUUGAUUUGGUUCAGCUGUCUGUGUGGCAACACAAGGCAACGCCCUUUUCACAGCAGUCAGCUGCCCUCUUGUCAAAUGCAAAGCUCCUGACAGACAUACUGACAGCUGCUGUAAAACUAUCAGUGCAUGAGAUUGGUGACAUCAAAACAGCUGAGCAAUAUUUUCAAGAAGUUGAGCAAAUUUCUCCAAAGUUAGGAAAUGAAUUGCAGCAGAAUGUAAUCAUUCAGAUGAACAGGGCAUUCCUCCAUCUUGGUCAAAAUAACUUUGCUGAAGCCCACAAAUUCUUCACUGAAGUUACCAAAUUGGACCCAAGCAAUCCAGUGGCGAAUAAUAAUGCAGCCGUUUGCUUGUUGUACUUGGGAAAACUGAAGGACUCCCUCAGGCAGCUGGAAGGACUUGUACAGCAGGAUCCCAAACACUACCUGCAUGAAAGUGUUCUUUUUAACCUGACCACUAUGUAUGAGCUUGAAUCAUCUCGCAGUAUGCAGAAAAAACAGAGUUUGCUGGAGUCAGUGGCUUCUCGUGAAGGAGAUAGCUUUAAUAUUCAGUGUCUGAAGUUACUGUGAAACUGCUUUCUCUCCUGUUUGUAUUUAGCCAUUGUAACUUUAAAGAUGUAAAUAUGUAAUUACAGGUAUUUUAAUUAUCUUUAACUGCAGCUCUAUUGUCUAUAUUGCAAGUAAAUGACCGAUAUAUGAGAUAUCUUGCAACAACCAGCUUCUCUUUUUGGAGAGAUAAGGAAACACUUAAGAUUUCAAAUCCCUGCUCCAUUUUGUAUUUGUUUGCUCCACCUCUGUGUCAUAUCACUGUGCAUCCUGACAGUGCUGCUUCGAAUUGGUUGUUAGAGGAAUGAGAAUAAUGCUGUUAUUUUAAAUAAAUCCAAAAAUGUAAAUCUCA